UAAUCGUAUACUGGAACAGAAGGAAGACGAAGACGAUAAACAUGUCCUCUCCUUCUCCUUCUGGUAUAACAUCGGACUUUGAAGCCGCUUCGAAAACAGUCAUUGCUUCUGCCGCCUCCGCCUCCGGUGUGCAAGUCACAACCUUUUGGGAGCUCGUCGAUGAAGUGACCCUCCACUUUCAGAUCAUUCGCCUCGCUAAGCAGAUAUACGUAUGGAUCGGCUCUGAUUCUGCUAAACUGGGGAAUUUAUAUGCCGCUGCUCCUACACGACCUAAUAAUACGGUGAGCGUGUCUUCAAUUCUUGGAGGUGCUUCAGAUAAUACUGGUUCUGGGAUUGCUCGACGAUUAGUGCUAAAGACUGGACUUAAUAUAGUUGUGGCGUGCAAUAUCCCAAAGAAUAACCCCAUGCUUGAGGCUAAUGCUGAAAAGAAGUUGAUAUAGAAGCUAAUAACCAUGGGCUACUCGAGGCCGAAACCCAGAUUCCCGGGCCAGAGUUGCCGUCCUCGUAGUUGUAUUCGGUAAGCAAUUAGAUCAAACAUGCCCUCUUAACGGUGAAUGUAGUUUGCAUUGUACCAGUAAGCAAUUAGAUGAUACAAGUUUACAGUGUAGCAUCAGUUAUGGAAUUCUUUUGUCACUCAUUUAAACGGCGAACAUGAUGCUUUCUGCUUUGUUAGCUCCUUGGUGUUUUUGGUUUGACGUUGAGUUUAAUGCUGCUGGUUUGACCAUAGUAUAACUUGAAUUUGGAUUUCAAUGCUUUUGUUGUCAAAGUUGGCAUUCAAGUUAUAGCAUAUGUAAUGGUUGAUUACA